GGAGGUGUUUCCGGGCUCUGGACACUCUCCUUCCUUUCGCGCCGGCGGCUGCUCCAUGUGCAGAGCUCGGCACUAGGCUGACCCCUUGACAGACAUGGACCCCGCCCGCCUGAUCGAGGCCCUUCGGGGCACCAUGGACCCGGGCCUGCGGGAGGCGGCCGAGAGACAGCUCAACGAGUCCCAUAAGAUUGUAAACUUCGUGUCAACUCUGCUUCAAAUCACCAUGUCUGAGCAGCUGGACUUACCAGUAAGGCAGGCAGGAGUUAUUUAUUUGAAGAAUAUGAUUACUCAGUACUGGCCGGACCGGGAGGUGACUCCAGGAGAAAUGCCCCCUCAUAUCAUUCCGGAGGAGGAUCGCCACUUCAUCCGUGAAAACAUUGUAGAGGCGAUAAUUCAGUCUCCAGAACUGAUUAGAGUUCAGCUCACAACCUGUAUCCAUCAAAUCAUUAAACACGAUUAUCCGAAUCGCUGGACCGCGGUCGUGGAGAAGAUCGGAUUUUACCUGCAGUCCGAUAACAGCGCCUGCUGGCUGGGAAUCCUCCUCUGUCUUUACCAGCUCGUGAAGAACUAUGAGUAUAAGAAACCAGAGGAGAGAACCCCCCUAAUCGUGGCGAUGCAGCAUUUCCUGCCCAUGCUGAAGGACAGAUUCAUCCAGCUGCUGGCCGACACGUCCGAGCAGUCUGUCCUCAUCCAGAAACAGAUCUUCAAGAUCUUCUACGCGCUUGUCCAGUAUACUUUGCCGCUGGAGCUGAUUAAUCAGCAGAACCUGACAGAAUGGGUUGAGAUUUUGAAGACUGUGGUGGAUCGAGACGUACCCGCUGAAACCCUCCAGGUUGAUGAAGAUGACCGUCCAGAAUUGCCUUGGUGGAAAUGCAAGAAGUGGGCCCUGCAUAUAAUGGCCAGGCUGUUUGAAAGGUACGGGAGCCCUGGGAAUGUCUCUAAGGAGUAUAAUGAAUUCGCUGAAGUCUUCCUGAAGGCCUUUGCCGUUGGUGUGCAGCAGGUCUUAUUGAAGGUUCUCUACCAGUACAAGGAGAAGCAGUACAUGGCCCCCCGCGUCCUGCAGCAAACACUGAACUAUCUCAAUCAGGGGGUAUCGCAUGCCGUCACCUGGAAGAACCUGAAACCUCAUAUCCAGGGAAUAAUUCAAGAUGUUAUUUUCCCUCUGAUGUGCUACACAGACUCUGACGAAGAGCUGUGGCAGGAAGACCCCUACGAGUACAUCCGCAUGAAGUUCGAUGUGUUUGAGGAUUUUAUUUCGCCAACCACUGCUGCCCAGACCCUGCUAUUCACAGCCUGCAGUAAGAGGAAGGAGGUUCUCCAGAAGACUAUGGGUUUUUGCUAUCAGAUCCUCACCGAACCAGGUGCAGAUCCUCGGAAGAAAGAUGGCGCUCUGCAUAUGAUUGGUUCCUUAGCAGAAAUUUUAUUGAAGAAAAAGAUCUACAAAGACCAGAUGGAAUUUAUGCUGCAGAACCACGUGUUCCCUCUAUUCAGCAGCGAGCUUGGCUACAUGAGAGCCCGGGCGUGCUGGGUUCUCCACUACUUCUGUGAGGUGAAGUUCAAAAUCGACCAGAAUCUGCAGACUGCCUUGGAGCUGACCAGGAGGUGUCUGAUCGAUGACCGGGAGAUGCCCGUUAAAGUGGAGGCUGCCAUCGCUCUCCAGGUGCUCAUCAGCAAUCAGGAAAAAGCCAAGGAGUAUAUUGCCCCGUUCAUCAGGCCUGUGAUGCAGGCUUUGCUGCACAUUAUCAGGGAGACGGAGAAUGAUGACCUUACCAACGUCAUUCAGAAAAUGAUCUGCGAGUACAGCGUGGAAGUCACUCCGAUUGCUGUGGAAAUGACACAACAUCUGGCAAUGACUUUCAAUCAAGUGAUCCAGACCGGGCCAGAUGAGGAAGGAAGUGACGACAAAGCUGUGACUGCCAUGGGAAUCCUUAAUACCAUCGAUACUCUGCUCAGUGUUGUUGAGGACCACAAGGAGAUUACCCAGCAGUUGGAAGGAAUUUGUCUGCAGGUGAUUGGAACAGUUCUUCAGCAGCACGUUCUGGAGUUUUACGAGGAGAUCUUUUCUCUGGCUCACAGUCUCACCUGCCAGCAGGUGUCGGCCCAGAUGUGGCAGCUCUUACCAUUGGUUUUUGAGAUCUUCCAGCAGGAUGGCUUUGACUACUUUACAGACAUGAUGCCUCUCCUGCACAAUUACGUCACGGUGGAUACAGACACCCUCCUGUCUGACACAAAGUACCUGGAGAUGAUUUACAGCAUGUGUAAAAAGGUACUGACGGGUGUAGCUGGAGAAGACGCUGAAUGUCACGCAGCCAAGCUGCUGGAGGUUGUCAUCCUUCAGUGUAAAGGCCGCGGCAUCGACCAGGUCAUUCCGCUGUUUGUGGAGGCUGCGCUGGAGAGGUUGACCAGGGAAGUGAAGACCAGCGAGCUCCGGACCAUGUGCCUACAGGUGGCUAUUGCAGCCUUGUACUACAGUCCUCCGCUGCUUCUAAACACCCUGGAGAACCUGCGCUUCCCCAACAACGUUGAGCCGGUCACAAACCACUUCAUCAAGCAGUGGCUCAAUGAUGUGGACUGCUUCCUGGGACUGCAUGAUCGGAAGAUCUGCGUACUCGGUUUAUGUGCGCUUAUCGACCUUGAACAAAGACCCCAGGUGUUAAGCCAGAUAUCUUCACAAAUCUUGCCAGCUUUCCUCCUUUUGUUCAAUGGUUUGAAAAGAGCCUACGCCUGCCAUGCAGAGCAAGAAAACGACAGCGACGAUGACGACGAUGGAGAAGAUGACGAUGAAGCUGCAGAGCUGGGAAGCGAUGAAGAUGACAUAGAUGAAGAAGGUCAGGAAUACCUGGAGAUUUUGGCCAAGCAGGCAGGCGAGGAUUUGGAUGACGAUGACUGGGAAGAAGAUGACGCGGAGGAAACGGCGCUAGAGGGUUACACGACGCUUAUCGAUGAUGAAGAUAACCCUGUUGAUGAAUAUCAGAUAUUCAAAGCUAUUUUUCAGAAGCUCCAAGCCGGGGAUCCUGAGUGGUAUCAGGCUCUUACUCAAGGACUCAAUGAAGAACAAGGAAAACAGCUACAGGACAUAGCAACGCUGGCAGAUCAGAGACGGGCAGCUCACGAAUCCAAGAUGAUCGAGAAACACGGAGGCUACAAGUUUAACGCUCCAGUUGUGCCAAGCUCCUUCAAUUUCGGCGGGCCAGCCCCAGGAAUGAAUUGAGCUUUCUUUUUUUUUCCUGCUAAAGUGUGACUGGUUGUAGUGAGAAAAAAAAAAGCUUGUGUUCCUCCCAGUAGUGGUUCCAGAAACUGGUCCAUGUUGUCCGACGCUCACUCUGAACUUAUUAUGACUUUGCAAUUCACCAUCAGAAUCCGGAAAAGUGUGAGAACGGAUCAUGCGGCCUGGCCCUGGGACAGCAAACGGGGGUUUAUAUUUUUCCUUUGACGAUAGUAAGAGCUCAACUUCCAAGCUUCAAAAACAGAGGACAUCUGAAGCCCGACGCGGAAAUAUCACGGAGGCAAACGAGACCACAGGCGGCGGGGACUAUCUUCCUGUACACGCGAGGGCCGAUCUCCAUUUUACUUCACCAGUUUUAGUGUACGAGCCGAUGCCGUGUAUCUUGCCUCAAAUGUCAAUUCUUUUAUUAAGUACGGCCUUCCUAAGGCUCUUCUUUUCCAUUUCCGAGUAAUACUUGACUGUUCCUAACGUAGAAUGUUGGACACUUGUAGCACUACACGAGUAACGAGAUGUGUAAACGGCACUUUUAUAUUGAAAGUAACCCGCUCGCCCCGUGUACAAAUUGGCAAACCGUUUGCUGUUUAUACGUUGGCAGAAGGGAUGACCUGGGGGCAGCCGCCAUUAAUUUAAGAUGAACUUGGCCGCUUUUUGUACCCGGUGACUCUGCGUGGAGGUCACCCUCUGGUUGUGACUUGAAUGCGGCUCUGUGAAAAGGCGUUAGGAAUAUUCAUCGCUGCUACAAUUGGCAACACCCUCCGUGUCCUUUGUUUUUUCUUUUUUCUUAAAGCUCUUAACGUACGAGUCACAUUUGGAUACAAAACGGUAACGUAGGCACCGAGAUAAACCUUUCUCUUCUGAAGCAUGUAAAUCGGACAUGGAGCUCUUAAAGAGUUUGAUUGAAGUGUGUGGAUGAAACAUCUAUAUAUGCAAUCUAUUAAAAAUAAGAUGAAUCCGGCUAA